AGAUCGUGUAAGGAUUGUUCUCUCCCUGGCAUCUGGACAGAUCCAGGCUGGCAGCAGCUGCGUGCUCCCAUGCUAACAGACCUGUGCUUCUGUUUGUCUUCCUUUUCCCUUUCCUGUCCAAUAGCUGCUGCUGGAAGAGCACGCAAACAGCGAUCCCAAACUGGCACUUACAGGAGUCCCUAUAGUCCAGUGGCCCAAGAGAGACAAGCUAAAGCUCCAGGCCCGGCCAAAGGUGCGUCUGCCCACCAUCCCCAUCACCAAGCCUCACACCAUGAAGCCAGCUCCACGCCCCGUGCCCGUAAGGCCCACAGUGUCGCCGAUAGUGUCGGGAGCACGGCGGAGGCGGGUGCGGUGCCGGAAAUGCAAGGCCUGCAUGCAGGGCGAGUGCGGCAUGUGCCACUACUGCAGGGAUAUGAAGAAGUUUGGGGGGCCUGGUCGCAUGAAGCAGUCCUGUGUCCUCCGGCAGUGCUUAGCGCCCAGGCUGCCUCACUCGGUCACGUGCGCGCUUUGCGGGGAGGUGGAUCAGAACGAGGAUUCGCAGGACUUUGAGAAGAAGCUCAUGGAAUGCUGUAUCUGCAAUGAGAUCGUUCACCCUGGCUGCCUGCAGAUGGACGGGGAAGGGCUGCUGAAUGACGAAUUGCCCAACUGUUGGGAGUGUCCGAAGUGCUACCAAGGCGAUGACUCGGAGAAGGGACAGAAGCGGAAGAUGGAUGAGAGCGACGAGGACACUGUGCAGGCCAAAGUCCUGCGGCCCCUGCGGAGCUGCGAGGAGCCCCUGACGCCCCCACCGCACUCGCCCACCUCCAUGCUGCAGCUCAUCCACGACCCGGCCUCACCGCGGGGCGUGGUGACCCGCUCGUCCCCAGGGGCUGGCCCCAGCGACCACCACAGCGCCAGCCGGGAUGAGCGCUUCAAGCGGCGGCAGCUGCUGCGGCUCCAGGCCACGGAGCGCACCAUGGUGCGGGAGAAGGAGAACAACCCCAGCGGCAAGAAGGAGCUGUCCGAGGUGGAGAAGGCCAAGCUGCACGGCUCCUACCUCACGGUCACGCUGCAGAGGCCGGCCAAAGACCUGCACGGCACCUCCAUCGUGCCCAAGCUGCAGGCCAUCACCGCCUCCUCCACCAACCUGCGGCACUCUCCCCGCGUGGUCGUGCGCCACUGCCCAGCCAGGACGCCCCAGCGGGCUGGGGAGGAGGAGACGGCCGAGGAGGAGGCGGUAGUGGAGGACGAGGACGAGGAGGAGGAGAGUGCUGAGGAGGGCGCGGCAGCCCGGCUGAAUGGCAGAGGCGGCCGGGCGCAGGACGGCGAGGAGAGCUGGAUGCAGCGCGAGGUGUGGAUGUCCGUCUUCCGCUACCUCAGCCGCAGGGAGCUCUGCGAGUGCAUGCGGGUGUGCAAGACCUGGUACAAAUGGUGCUGUGACAAGAGAUUGUGGACGAAGAUUGACUUGAGCAGGUGCAAGUCCAUCACUCCCCAGGCCCUGAGCGGCAUCAUCAAGAGGCAGCCGGUCAGCCUCGACCUCAGCUGGACCAAUAUCUCCAAAAAACAGCUCACCUGGCUUGUCAACAGGCUGCCAGGCCUGAAAGACCUCAUCUUAGCAGGCUGUUCCUGGUCUGCAGUCUGUGCGCUCAGUACCUCCAGCUGCCCCCUUCUCAGGACCCUCGAUCUUCGGUGGGCAGUAGGAAUCAAGGACCCUCAGAUUCGGGACUUGCUCACGCCUCCAACAGACAAACCCAGUCAAGACAAUCGCAGCAAACUCCGCAACAUGACAGACUUCCGGCUAGCUGGCCUGGACAUCACUGAUGCCACGCUCCGGCUUAUUAUCCGCCAUAUGCCCCUGCUCUCACGUCUCGACCUUAGUCACUGCAGCCACCUUACGGACCAGUCGGCCAACCUCCUAACGGCCGUGGGGUCUUCCACACGCAACUCGCUCACAGAGAUCAACAUGGCAGGUUGCAAUAAGCUGACAGACCAGUCCCUGCUGUACCUGCGGCGCAUCUCCAACCUCACCCUGAUCGACCUGCGAGGCUGCAAGCAGAUCACCCGCAAGGCCUGCGAGCACUUCAUCUCAGACCUGUCCAUCAGCAGCCUCUACUGCCUGUCCGACGAGAAGCUGAUACAGAAAAUCAGCUAGAGACUUACCCCAGGCAGACUGAGGAGAAGGAAAGAUCCCAUCCCACCCCUCUCGGAGAGCCGCUCCUCCUCCCCAGCCCUGACCUGCUGUGAGGCUGGCAGCCUGCACUCCUCCAUCACCCACCUCUGCAGGCAGGGCAUCAACCAGUCUGAUGCCACUGUCUCUCCUCUCUCUUCCUGGGACUUCAGCAGGGGAAGGGGUCCUGCCAGGCUGGCCCAUAGCUGAGGAGGAAUGGGCAGUGGCCAGGGGUGCGCGCUGCAGCCUGGCUGCUCUGUCAGAGGUUGUGCAGAGGUGUCUGCACAGGGAAAUGUGCCCCUCUUUUCUCCCCCCGUGGCACCCCAAAACAGAUUUCACUUCCUGCCGAGUGUGGGCAAGGGGAGCGCUUUGCCCCGGAAAAGGGGCUGGAGCUGGAUGGGCUGAAACAAGCGUGCUCAGUCUCUCCAGUGCCACUGCCAUGUGUGUCGCUGUUGGCCCUGCGGCUUGUCCUACUUCGCACGCAUGCCACGUCUCUGCCCUGACGCUUGUCCUCCUCUCGCCUGGCCUAGCGAAAGUGACCGGGGUUACCUCCUGCUGAUGUGUCGGGGGGGCAGCUGGCAUGUGGUGAGCAAGAGCCCCAUGGCCGUACGCGCUCAAGCCUAGGUGUCUCUUCCAUGGCCAGCCAAGCUUCCGCUUCAGAGCAGCGCUGGCCUGCUUGGAGCAUCAUCUGUCCACAGCCCCCUCAGGAUGAGCGUCCAGGCCUUCUGGAAGGGUGAGGGGUGGGGGGCCUGCAGGGCGCCAGUUCCAUCAGAGCUCAGGGAGGACUCCAGAGGGGUUUCUAGAUCCUGCACAGCGUAGGCUGUGUGCUCUCCCCACCCCCGUCAGGCAGGCUAGUGUCAUUGAACGCUCUUGGGAUGCCGCAGCCAAAGGAGAGGCUCCUUCUCCAUCCUGCCACCUAGCGCGUCGCUGUCGGCUCCUGAAUUGGGCAAUGUGGAGAGGGGCGUGACUGGCCCUGUCCCCCUACCCCUUCAGCUGCCGCUUUUCCUUUGCAAUGAAUGGUCGGUCCAAAGAACCCUCUCUCUUGGGCAGCAGAGAGCUUUUUGCACUUUAAAAAGAAAGGUUGGAAUCUUAUUUUGGGUCAUUGUUAUUCUCUCCCCCCUCCCUGCCGAGUGAUUGGACGCUCCCCCGACUGAGCUUGUCGAUGUUUAAUGCACAGUUUGCACUCUGCUUUCUUCCUCCCCUCCUCCUGCCCCCCAAAUCCCCCCUCUCUCAGCAUACUGAUAGCACAAAACCAGCCUGCCACGUGUUCCCCCAACCCCUCUCCAGCCCUGCAGGGGAGAAAGGAACUCUCUAAGCAGCAGGAAAAGGGGAGGGACGAGUGGUUGUGAAACCUCAAAGGAGAAUCGACCAGAUGCACCCUCACUGCUUCAAAAGCAAUAAGGGAGGCAGAAGCAGCUGUCACCCCUCCAGCUCUCCCCGCAGCCUGCUGGCUCUGAAUGCUCUGGCACCAAUGACUUCUGCUGCUGCAGUGUUGGCUGGGGGUGGGAGAUGUCUUUGUUUAGAUCCACUGAACCCCCACUGGGGGUUCAGGCGCUGCGCUUCCCCCUCCCCCCCGGCCUCCAUAGCCUGAGCCUGCUUGCUUGCUGACUGGAACGCGCAAGUGUGAUGAAUUCCGCAGUGCCUCGGUACAUGGGAGUUUUGCCACAGUUGAUUAGAGUUUUGGGCACACACACAAAAGCCCUCUUUGUUGUUCUCACUGGCCUAGGAGUGGAAGCUUUCUGCCAUUUUGUUUUUGGUUACUCCUGUGGAAAACAGAAGAAUCGAACUACUUAUUUUUGUUGCUUUUAAAGGAAGGCAGGGGAAGCUGUAAGCAGGAGAUCUAAGUGCAUCUGACCUGGGGGACCUUCCAGCCUUUGAAGAUUUCUGGGCUGGCUUUUCAGUUUGAAAUACAAAAGCAUCUUAACUACCAUCACAUGCAUUCGGCGCUGAGUGGAUCAGUGCACCAGGGGUGUCCGUGGUAGGCAGGAGGAGGAGUUGAGCUGAUUGAUGGGUGAAGGAAGUGGUCAGUCUUUAAGUUUGCUGUCUCACAGCCUUCUCAUACAGCCCUCCGCUAAGUCUGUGGCUUCAGAGACUUAAAAAUCACAGGUGUGAGACUCAUUCCUGUAACUGGCCACCACCUUGGAGGGCAAGGGAUGAAAAUCCACAAAGGAAAGAAGAAAAAAUAUAUAUAUAUAUGAAAUCACUUAGUGAUUAAAAACAAACCUUGCUCCCUAAAUAAAACUCCCUGAAGAAAGUCACUAUUGGUUUAAAGGGUUUUGGUUGUGGUUUGUGUUUUUUUUUUUUUUUUUUUUUCCCCCCAGAGAAAUAUUGUAAAUAUAUAUUUUUUUGUUGGCGAUUUAGAGUCCAUCUCCAACAUUUGUGCUUUAAAAUUAAAUGUAAGCAUUAAGGGUAAAAGAAAACAAGUCUUAUGCUCUUUGGGUUGGGGGUUAUGAUGUGGGGGCAAAGGGAGGGGGAGCUAGUUGGAAUUUUUUUUUGUUUUUAUUUUCUCUUCUAAGCAUUCUCCAAUACUGGUUUUAGAGAGAAUCUUUGCUCAUAACAUAUUACCACAUGAAAGGAGAGAUGUUUGUGGGGGAGGGGGGGAAGAUACCAGCCUCUGAAGGGAAAUAUUUUGUUUCUUGGGGGUGGAUUUUUGGAAUAAAAGUUUAAAGAAAACACUGUA